UCGUGAUCAGAUUUCAGGAAGCAAUCGCCUCCACCCCUGCCAAACUCCACACAUCUCCACCACUUCCCUGUGUCAUGCAUCCAAAAUGAAAGCUGUGAGUGAGAGAGGGAGAGCAAGAGAUAGAGAGGGAGGCACCGAGUGUCCGUCUCGCGGCUCAGAACGACAAAAAACAGGAGGCAGUGGUUGUGUGCACUGACGUGGGAGUGUGAUUUGCCAGCGACUGCCGGGGGAAUUUCUCUUUCCAAUGGGCUGUUGUUUAGAGAGCCUGCUUUGGCCACGCCGUGGACUCUGGGGAGAGAGGGUUGGUGAUGUGUGGAGAGUGAAAUGUCACAUCACAAUGCAGGAAACUCUUUGAGUCCUGGAAAGUGGGGCUGAAUGACAAGCUGUUGUGGUUUCGUCUCGGAAUCGGAGCUGCCCAACGUUUGCUCUGACAUUUGUCAUUUAUCAGCGCAUGGGGACAGUAAGUCUGUAGUUGGCUGGAGCCUAUCACGUCUUGGGGAUUGCCAUGCCUGAGGUUCGACUGACUUUCUGUGGGGAGGAGAGGACUGGCAAACAUGAGUGAGACUCUGAACAUUUGUAGUCCAGUCAGUUAACUGGCAAGGAAGUCUGCACGCAGUGCUUUACAGUUCCAUUGAGCUCCGAUAGCCAGCUGCACCUUUCAAAACACAGACGUGUCCUGGAAAACAAUUCAUUCUUCAGCUCCGUCUACAGCCCUUUAUUACAAAGCAAGCCCACGUUGAGGCACACUGGACUUCCAUUUGGAUGCUGAAAGUUGCAAUGUAAUGGAUUUUUUCCCCCAGUUUUAAAACAUUUUUUCAUCAAUCUUUUUGUAUAUGGAACCUCAAAGAGCACUGAACAUCCAUUUUAAGGGAUUUUGUAGUUUGGUUUAAAUUAAGUCUACUUCUCCAAGCUUGUUUUUUCACAUACCAAAGGCUAUGAUGUCUUGAAGCAGUCUCCUAGGCCUUUCGAAGGAUGCGCUGCGCGUGCUGAUGGGAACUGCUGCUCCAAUAUGAAUGUGCAUGAUGUUGGAGGGAGACGACGCUUCGAGGACUCCGAGUUCACCCUGCGGAUCUACCCGGGGAUCAUUGCCGAGGGCACCAUCUACUGCCCGGUCACAGCCCGCAAAAACACUACGGCUGCCGAGGUCAUAGACCACCUCAUCAGCAAGCUCCAGCUGGACAAGACCAAAUGCUACGUGCUCGCCGAGGUGAAGGAGUUCGGAGGGGAGGAAUGGAUUCUGAACCCCACGGACUGCCCCGUCCAGAGGAUGAUGCUCUGGCCCCGCAUGGCCCUGGAGAACCGCUUCAGCGGGGAGGACUAUCGCUUCCUGCUGCGCGAGAAGAACCUGGACGGCUCCAUCCACUACGGUAACCUGCAGAUGUGGCUGCGGGUGACGGAGGAGCGGCGCCGCAUGGUGGAGAGGGGCUUCUUGCCCCAGCCGCAGCAGAAGCACUACGACGACCUCUGCAACCUGCCCGACCUCAACGAAAAGACACUCCUGGACAACCUGCGCAGCCGCUUCAAGCAGGAGAAGAUCUACACCUACGUGGGAAGCAUCCUCAUCGUCAUCAACCCGUUCAAGUUCCUGCCUAUAUAUAACCCCAAGUACGUGAAAAUGUAUGACAACCACCAGCUGGGAAAGCUGGAGCCCCACAUCUAUGCAGUGGCGGACGUGGCGUAUCACGCCAUGUUGCAGCGGCGCCGAAACCAGUGCAUCGUCAUCUCCGGGGAGAGCGGCUCGGGCAAGACGCAGAGCACCAACUUCCUCAUCCACCACCUCACCGCCCUCAGCCAGAAGGGAUUUGCCAGUGGUGUGGAGCAGAUCAUUCUGGGAGCAGGGCCUGUUUUGGAGGCAUUUGGAAAUGCAAAGACUGCUCAUAACAACAAUUCCAGUCGCUUUGGCAAGUUCAUUCAAGUCAAUUACCAGGAGACCGGCACUGUGAGGGGAGCUUAUGUGGAAAAAUAUUUACUGGAAAAAUCAAGAUUGGUCUACCAGGAGCACAAUGAACGGAACUACCAUGUAUUUUACUACCUCCUGGCAGGCGCUAGUGAUGAGGAGAGGACGGCCUUCCACCUCAAGAAGCCUGAGGAGUACCAUUACCUCAAUCAGAUGACAAAGAAACCCCUCAGACUCCACUGGGAAAAUUACUAUGAAACCGAGCCGCAGGAUUGCUUCACAGUGGAAGGGGAGGACCUGAAGCAUGACUUUGAGAGAUUGCAGCUGGCCAUGGAGAUGGUGGGGUUUCUCCCUUCAACCCGUAAACAGAUCUUCUCCCUACUGUCUGCUAUACUUCACUUAGGGAAUAUACGCUACAAGAAGAAAACCUAUCGGGAUGACUCCAUUGAUAUUUGUAACCCUGAAGUGCUGCCAACAGUAUCCGAGCUGCUGGAGGUGAAGGAAGAAAUGCUGUUUGAAGCCCUUACCACGCGGAAGACUGUAACAGUGGGAGAGAGGCUCAUUGUGCCCUACAGACUUGCUGAAGCUGGGACAGUGCGUGACUCAAUGGCCAAGUCGCUCUACAGCGCCCUGUUUGACUGGAUCGUGUUCAGAAUCAACCAUGCGCUACUCAACACCAAAGAUCUGGAGGAAAGCAUCAAGAUCCUCUCCAUUGGAGUUCUUGACAUCUUUGGCUUUGAAGACUAUGAGAACAACAGCUUUGAGCAGUUCUGCAUUAACUUUGCCAACGAGCGGCUUCAGCACUACUUCAAUCAGCACAUCUUCAAGCUGGAACAGGAGGAGUAUCGGUCUGAAGGCAUCAGCUGGCACAACAUUGACUACAUUGAUAACACCGGCUGCAUCAAUCUCAUUAGCAAGAAGCCCACAGCACUGCUCCAUCUACUGGAUGAAGAGUGCAAUUUUCCGCAGGCCACAAACCAGACCCUUCUGGACAAGUUCAAGCGGCAGCACGAGGGGAGCAGCUACAUCGAGUUCCCUGCAGUGAUGGAGCCUGCUUUCAUCAUCAGGCACUAUGCUGGCAAGGUCAAGUAUGGAGUGAAGGAUUUCAGGGAAAAGAACACUGAUCACAUGCGACCGGAUAUAGUUGCUCUGCUGAAAAGCAGCAAGAGCUCUUUCAUCUGCGGCCUGAUCGGGAUCGACCCUGUCGCCACUUUCCGCUGGGCUGUGCUCAGAGCCUACUUCAGGGCUCUGGUGGCCUUCCGGGAAGCAGGCAAGCGAUAUGUGGAGAAGAAAUCUGGGCAUGAUGAUGCUGUGCCGUGUGCAGUUUUGAAAAGUGUGGAUAGUUUUAGCUUUCUGCAUCACCCAGUGCAUCAGAGAAGCUUAGAGAUCCUGCAGAGGUGCAAAGAGGAGAAGUACAGUAUCACACGGAAGAGCCCUCGAACUCCACUGUCAGACUUGCAGGGCACCAACACACUCAAUGAGAAAACUCAGCGGGACAGCUUCAGUGUGGGCUGGAUUGGGCGGACCGGCAGGCAGAGCCGGUUGUCCAGCUCAGGCUCUUUGCUGGAGGAAGACGGCAUCUUUGUCAACCCCACCAGCAGCAAGCUACUGGAGAGGGCGCAUGGUAUUCUGAUGAGGAACAAAAAUUAUAAGUUAAAACCCAGCCUUCCAAAGCACCUGUUGGAUGUGAAGUCUCUGAAGUACCUCACUAGCCUGACACUCCACGAUCGCAUCACCAAAUCCCUCCUGCACCUGCACAAGAAGAAGAAACCUCCCAGUAUCAGCGCACAGUUCCAGGCAUCACUGAAUAAAUUGAUGGAGACACUAGGUCAGGCGGAACCCUACUUUGUGAAAUGCAUCCGAUCCAAUGCAGAAAAGCUUCCCUUGAGAUUCAGUGACAGCUUGGUGCUCCGACAGCUGCGCUACACAGGCAUGCUGGAGACGGUCAGGAUACGACAAUCGGGAUACAGCAUCAAAUACACUUUCCAGGAUUUUGUUGAUCACUUCCAUGUGCUGUUACCAGAGGGCACCACUGCCACCCAGCAGAGUAUAUGUAAAUUUCUCCACCAGCUUGACCUCAGCCCAGACAGCUACCAAGUUGGCAAAACAAUGGUGCUCAUGCGGGAGGCAGAACGACAGAGGCUGCAGGACCUGCUGCAUCAGGAGGUGUUGAGGAGGAUCAUCGUCCUGCAGCGCUGGUUCAGGGCCCUGCUGGAGAGGAGGCACUUGGUCAACAUGAAGCAGGCCACCAUUGUCAUCCAGCGAUGGUGGCGGAGCUACAGGCUGAAGCAGGCUGCUGGUGAAACGGGGGCAGACGUAACAGGCCAGCAGAGGGCAGCACUGUGCCUUCAGGCCGCGUGGAGGGGCUACAGGGAGCGCCACAGGUUCCUGGUCCGGAGGGAGGCUGCGCUGGUGAUCCAAAGCAGAUGGCGGAGCUUCUGCUGCCAGAGGGCCGAAGCUGCAGUCAGAAUUCAGGCCGCUUGGCGUAGCUACAGAGACCGAACUGCCUACAAGGCACUCAGGAACAGGACUGUGCGUCUGCAAGCAAUGUGCAGGGGAAACCUGGCACGGCAGAGGUUCAGAGUUCUUCAAGAGCAAAACUUAAAAGAGAAGGCGCUACAAAAUGGACAGCCAAGUCCAGUAUUAGGAGAUGAACCUUUAUUCCCAAAGAUCAUGGGCCUGGAUCCCACCAAGUGGGAGGACAGCUCUUACGAACAGCGGGAGAAGUUCCUUCGGAGACAUAGCUCAUCACAGGAGAGUUUUCAGGACUCAGGAGCCAAGGAUGCUCCAUUGGACUGGAAUCAGCCACAUGAAUCAGCCAGAGAAGAGGAUAGUGGAGUUAUCAUGUCAGAGGUGGUGGUGAGAGAGAGGCCCAAGUUAUUGGACGACCCCAACCAAAAGAAAGUGGUCAGGGCUAAAAGAGAGAGCCGAAGAAUGAGGGAGUUGGAGCAGGCCAAGUUUAGCCUGGAGUUACUGAAGGUGAGGUCUAGCGGUGGCAUUUCUCCAUCUGAGGAGAGAAGGUGGUCUACAGAGCUGGUUGCAGACAGCUUGCACUCCCCUCAAGGCACCCCAGACAGUGAGAGCUCUAGGGGGAGUUUUGAGAUUCUGAACAUCGAUAAUCUGAAAGACAAGUCCAACUCUAUGGAAUCAGAAGACUUUGGCUGUUCAUCCAGUUUAACUGAGCAGCCCGAAGUUUUACCCAUUAUAUCAAGGCUGCCCGAUAAUCUCUUGGGGGAAUCCCAAAAUCUCGUUCUGGAUGAACUCUCCACCAGCUCCGGGAUAGACCCACCAAAUUUGACUUCUUUUCUGAAGAUGGAGAAUCACCUGCCCACUUUCUACAUCCCACAGCAAGACAGCUCCCCUGUUCUCUAUAGGUCCAGUGAGGAUUCUUCUGCAGCGAGACCAGAGGGUGGUGACAAACAAUUGAGGGAGCAGAAGGAGUCCACACGCAAGCCCAUGAUCGUGGUGAUCAGUAUGCAGAAAGACACGGUGCUGGGUAAGGGGCAGGACUUAACGCCAGAGCUCCGGGAUGGUGAAGCUCAAACUGUGGAGCCUCUAUCUCUCGAGGCUAAAGAUCUGAGCAACGUGGCUGUCCUGGAGAAGCUGGAGAAACUGAAUGAGGAGAAGGUGGAGCGGCAGAAGCAGCAGCAGCAGCAAAAUGAAAAGGAAAUGAUGGAGCAAAUCCGCCAGCAGAAAGAGAUCCUGGAGAAGCAGCGCAAAUUCUUUGCUCAGUACGAGAGGGAUCUUUUCGAAAAACACCGUGGCGAAGCCUUGCAGAAGAUUGAGCAAAGUAGGCAGAAUGAGUCUUUGCAGGCCCAGGACCCUACAGACAAGCAGACAGAAAAGCCAUCUUCUCCUCUGAUGUCCAAGGGCUUGUUGGAGCCAAACGCCACUGGGGACUUUGCUUCUUCUUUGGUGAAUGCCCAAUUGGUCUAUCCCCCACAACCUGGUAAGAAAGAGCAGCCUAGCCUUGUUUCCAAAGAGCACCCACAGUUUCCAGACAGAAGGGAAGGACCGUCCAGGGCCGUACAGGAUGGCUGGAGCCCCAAGCUAACACUGGAGACACGGGACACCUGUCUAAGAAAUGAACGACUGAGACAGAAAAAAGCUCCCAGUCAAGUCAUCGACAUCAGCAUGACCGACAGGCCCUCUGCUAUCUUCUUCUCACCAAAAUAUAACAAGGUUGCAUUUACCAAGUCUGAUAAGGAGUCUGUGAACCAAGAGAGGUCAAUGGCCAUCCAAAAAGAUGAAGCUUCCUCGGACCCCAAAUCUUCAAAAGCAGCUGGGCACAAACGGCUUGAGGUUGCCAGACCAGGCCAUAAAAAGAAGGCCCGCAUGGCACGGACACGCUCCGAUUUCCUGACCCGAGGUUCAAACCCCGAGGGGGAGGGGGAAUCGGAGGACGAUGAGUACGAUGAGCCCCUCAUCACACCCCCUCUCUCCCCCAGCCUGCCCCACCCGGAGCAGGACGCUGAGGGGAGCGGAGUACAGGCUUGUCACAGUGACUCCGAAAUGCCUUCCUCAUAUACCGAAGAGCAGAAGAAGAUGCAUAAAACCAUGUCUUCUGGAGAUCUAGGCAAGAUGGACAGCAUGAGGAAGAAUCCCCAUGCAGAUGGAAGGGUCCGGGGUAAAAUGCGUUUCUGGGGCAAGACAAAGCAAGGAGACAAGAAGUCAUCCAGGGAGAAGCUCGCCAGCACAGGUGACCUGCUGGAGCUCCAUAGAGAAGGAGAUGCCAUGGAAUCUGGAUUGAACACCGCUGAGGCAGGGCAGGAGCACAUGACGCCGCCCCGCAGCCCAGACCUGGCCUUGGAGCGAGGGAAGGAGUUCAAGGAGAACAAGGAGCCGUCCCCCAAAGUGAAGCGGCGCAGGAGUGUGAAGAUCAGCAGCGUGGCCCUGGAGCCGGUGCUGUGGCAGAACGACUCCCUCCAGAUCCUCACCAGCGCCAACGACUACAAGAGCAUGAACGAGUUCCUGAUGAAGAAGAUAAAUGACCUAGAAACUGAGGACAGCAAGAAAGACACCUUAGUGGACGUGGUCUUUAAAAAGGCUCUUAAAGAGUUUCGCCUCAAUAUCUUCAACUCCUACUCGACUGCCUUGGCUAUGGAUGAUGGGAAGAGUAUCCGUUAUAAGGAUCUUUAUGCACUGUUCGAGCAAAUCCUGGAGAAGAACAUGAGGCUGGAGCAGCGGGAUUGGAGCGAGUCACCUGUCAAGGUCUGGGUGAACACCUUCAAGGUCUUCCUGGACGAGUUCAUGACUGAGUACAAACCCCUGGACAGCACCCUGAGCAAGAUGCCUAAACCAGAACGCAAGAAGAGGAGGAAAAAAGACACAGAUAUUGUUGAGGAGCACAAUGGCCAUAUCUUUAAGUCUACUCAGUACAGCAUCCCCACGUACUGUGAGUUCUGCUCCUCUCUUAUCUGGAUGAUGGACCGAGCCUGUGUAUGCAAGCUUUGUAGAUUUGCCUGCCACAGAAAAUGCUGCUUGAAAUUGACUACAAAGUGCAUCAAAAAGUAUGAUCUGGAGCUUUCCUCCAGGCAGUUUGGUGUGGAGGUCUCCCGCCUGACCAAUGACGAGAGGACAGUGCCCCUAGUGGUGGAGAAACUCAUCAACUACAUUGAGAUGCAUGGAUUGUACACAGAGGGUAUUUAUAGGAAGUCAGGCUCUACCAACAAAAUAAAGGAACUCAAGCAAGGACUGGACACAGAUGUGAACAGUACCAACCUGGACGACUACAACAUUCACGUCAUAGCCAGUGUGUUUAAGCAGUGGUUACGAGACUUGCCAAACCCGCUUAUGACCUUUGAACUGUAUGAAGAAUUCCUCCGAGCUAUGGGUCUGCAGGAUAAGAAGGAGAUCAUUCGAGGGGUGUACUCUGUGAUUGAUCAGCUAAGCAGAACUCAUAUCAACACAUUGGAGCGCCUGAUAUUCCAUCUUGUCAGAAUCGCCCUGCAGGAGGAGACCAAUCGCAUGUCUGCGAACGCGCUAGCCAUUGUAUUCGCUCCGUGUAUACUGCGCUGUCCCGACACCAUCGACCCACUGCAAAGUGUUCAGGACAUCGGCAAGACCACUGCGUGUGUGGAGCUGAUCAUCGGUGAGCAGAUGAACAAAUACAAGGCCAGACUAAAGGACAUCAACAGCCUGGAGUUCGCAGAGAACAAAGCCAAGAGCAGAUUGUCUCUAAUCCGGAGGUCUAUGAAACCUGUACUAAUUGCUGUUAGGUUUAUGAGCAUAACCCGCAGUGCGAUCCCGCCAAACGCCACUAGAAAGGGGAAGGGCCGACUGCGCCGCAGCAGCUGCCACACGCCCUCGUCGCCGGCCAGCCCGCGGCUGCCCUCGGUGUCGGACGUGGCGGAGGAGAGCGCCGGGGAGGAGGCCGCCGUGGACGUGGAGCUGUCAGACCAGCAGCAGGCCGCCAUGCAGCAGGAGGAGCGCGUCCUGACGGAGCAGAUCGAGAGCCUGCAGAAAGAGAAGGAGGAGCUCACGUUUGAGAUCCUGACGCUGGAGCCCCGGGCCUCAGACGACGAGACGCUGGAGUCAGAGGCAUCUAUCGGAACGGCAGACAGCUCGGAGAACCUCAAUGUGGACUCUGAAGGCGCUGCCUCGGACUUCUCUGAGAGAGGCUCGGGGCUGGCCGCCGCCCGGCCCAAGAAGGCGGAGUACCCCAGCAGGACGAGGAGGAUGCUGAGGAGGCAGGCCGACUCCCUGGACUCCGUGGACUCGGCCUCCACUGUCUCCUCCGUCUCCUCUUCCUACUCGCAGCCCCCCGUGACCAGACGGCGGUUCCACUUCCACUCCAAGUCCCCCUCCUCCGCCCCCGCGUCCCGCGCCGGCCCCCCGAGCGAGCCCGCCGACGCCCCGGGCGCCGACCCCGAGGCGGAGGAGCGGCCGCAGUUCACCAGCCGCGGGACCUUCAACCCCGAGAAGGGCAAGCAGAAGCUGAAGACCGCCAAGGGCUCCCCGCAGAAGCCCCGGGAGCCCCCCGAGGGCGGCGGGCGCAAGAGGAACGCGGAGCCCGACUUCGGCUCGGCGCAGCAGCUGGUGCUGUACGGCAGCAACGAGUUCAUGGUGUGAAGGGGCCCUCUGCCGGGGAGCAGGGCGCGGUCUGCCCAGCCCUUCUUCAGAAUCCAGCUCUUGCCUUGCACACGCUGCGCCCCCGCCCAGGUCAGCGCCAAGCAGGACCACCCCAGAGUGCCAUGAGGAGACAGCGGGAGAGCCCCCUGCCUGGGGGGGCCUGUGGGCUUGCGGCCUUAACUUGCAGCUGCGUUCCCUGGGGUCUCUUUUUUGUGACGUUCUUGAACACCACAGCCCGGUGAAGUCUGGGGCAGGACGGUGGGGGAAAGGGAGCUGGACAUGGAGCCCAGGCGAGGUUUUCAGUGGCGACCUUUACCCCUCCAGGAGAACACGGUUCCUGUGACCAGCAGGGCCCUGCGGCUGGGGAAGAGAUUUAAACAGGAGGAGCCAUCGGCAGCCGGAACUCCACUGACUUAGUAGAAAAUGACUGGCUGCUCUCUGGUUUACAUUCAGAACAAUCUGAUCACGUGGCAUAUUUUUCAUAGUUACAUUUUUUUUUCCUUUUGCAUUUUAAUAGAUUUUAAUAAUGUUGAAUAUAUAUAAAUAUAUAAAUAUAUAUAAUAUAAAAACGUGUAUAAAACCGGAACACCAGUGGCUGCUGGGUAGUUAAAGUUGAAUAUUUAUGUCCGUCGUAAGUCAUGAGAAUUUGGAGACAGAGGCUGUAUGGAUUUGGGUGACGUUUGUGUUUUUCUAGAAAACCACUUUUUUGUGUUCAUCGGUUGUGCUGCUUUUUAAUAUGGGAAGAUAUCACCACGAAAGGGACCAACUUAGCUGGCUGUCUGCCUUGGUUUUACAGCAAGGAGGAUCCCAGCUCAGUGACAAAUGUUGUUUGGAAACAACAGCUUAUGCCAUUUAACCACCUUAUGAAUUAUGUAAAAUAAUGUAAUGCAGGUAGAUAAAAAAACAACAGGAAAAAGGAUCUGCCAGAAAUGUUUUUCUUUUUCUAAAAACGUGACCCAAGAUUCCUUUCUUUCUCCGAGACAUCAGUGUUAAAUGAAAAGUGACAGAGCAAGGACUUGAAUUUUUCUUCUUUUGUUUUUAUUGCUAUUGCUGUUGUUGUUGUUCUUAUUUUCGUUGUUGUAGCUCAGUUUCAGUUCUAAGGAAAGCCCUUGUCUAUGGGAGGGGUUUGAUGGUUUUCCCGGGCGAUAGUCAAACAGCAGGGUAUAAAGCCAGUCCAGUCCCAGGUUACCGUCAACACUGCGUUUCCGUAUGUUGUUUCGUCUGUUCGUUCUUUUUAAUUUUCGGAAAAGCAGCAUUCAGAUAUGGUUAAAAGAUGAGAAACUGACUUUAAUUCCCGAAAUCUAGCGCUGCCAACCGGAAAUGCAGAAGAAGGAGCAGGAAGAGCUCGAGUCUUGCGGGAUUAAAGGAAUGCCGAGUGCUGUGUCUUGUGAAGGGACAUCAGGUUGUGUCAUUUUGAGAUGGUCAGUACACUUUGCAAAGGCAAAGCACAGGGGACCACACUAGUGGCAUGUGAGAAUUUUCAUUUAAUGUACUUUCUGUUAACGUUGUAAGAGGGGGGAAAAGUAUUUAAGCUAUUUUAGGAUAUAGUAGAAAGCUAUCACUUGAUUAUUGACUUUUAAUGGUGGGAGUAUGUGUGCUCCCAUGUUGCGUUGUCUGUGAAUGAUUAGAUACAGAUUUUGUAAAAACGUUCAUGCAGUGACCUGCUAUCAACUGCUCUUCAGCUCGCAGCUCUGAGGACAAUAUCAACUGAAACCCCAGGCAGGUUGCACAUGCCAGUUGCUUUAAUGUAGAAACAGUUCUGUACACUUUUCACCCUUUUCGGGUCCUCGUCUUUGAGACAACUGAGCCAUACAAAGAGGUUUAAGCUUUCUUACUAAGUGGCAACAAGUGUGAGUUAGAUGCUGGGUUAAAUCCAGUUACAGGCUCUCCACAGCUAGAACAGCCAUACAGCUGGUUAAUUGCCAACAGAAAAGCAAAGAUGUUUAAUUCUUGAUUUCAAUAAUGUGGCUUCUUUGCUUUUUCUGAAAUUAGUCUUCCUUAAUUGUGGCUGGAUUAGCUAUGGUAUCACUUUAACUGUAAUUUAAGUGUCUGUAUAUCCUGCAGUAUAUGGCAAUCAUCUUUCACUAUCAAAUUUAACUCAGUAAAUUAAAAGACCAUUUUUGGCACCAGUCAGAGUGCAGGUUUCUCUUCUGUUUUCUUCACCAAGUAUUACAGUUUUUAGAUCUGUUUUAAAGCUGAUAAAAGGCAGAGAGGUCUAAUAUAUAUACACUAUACUUUAACCUGUGCAAUAUUAAAAGUGAAGCAUCUGCCACUUAAAAAGAAGCCACUCUGAAGUUUGUAGGCCACUAGUAUAGUACAAAACAGCUUGUAUAUGUGUUACCAGUCAUGGGUACGCAUGUCAUUAAAUACAGUAUUUCAUGGCAGUCUAUCGAAAACCUACUCCAGCAGAACCCUUUGGGACAUUUGGAUAUUGGGAUGCAAUGCCACACCCAGUCUGCUUUCUGAAAUGUUUUUUAGUAUAACUGACAUGAGAGAAGUAUGCGACAAGUAAGGUUGAAAUCUGGGCUUUAAAAAGUAAUGUUUUUGGCUUGUACUUGGGAUAGCAGUUAUGAUUUUUUGGAAAGAUUUCAAUAUUCCUUAUUUGAGGUAUGCUACCUAACCUAAAAGAACAUGGUAGGUGUGCUCCUUCUUGCUGCCUAGUUGUGGAGUUACUGUUCUUCUGGGAAGAUUAAUCAGCUUACAGAAUUGAUGAACGACAAAAGCCUCUUGAAAGAAAAUGGUUUCAGUCUUAAAAUGAAGGCGGCUUCUUUUUUAUAUGCUUUUCUUCCCUUCAAACGGCUUGUUUUACGUUUGAGGUGAUGCCGUGUGAGAUUUGUCGGAGCAGACCCAGCGUACUGUCUUGGGUGCUGCAACAACAUGCUGUCGCUGCCAUGACCCACUCGCAGACUGAUGCACAAGCGAACCGUCUCUCGGUGCAGGAGCUUUUAAAACUGGCUAAACAGUGCAAAAUCACAUUUCUGUUUUUAAAUCAUUUUAAAUAAUGACCAUAAUAUUUUUAAAUCUUUUUUUACAUGAAUCUGGCAAAAAUCCAUUAGGUUUACAUUGCCUGAACCCUGAUGAAAAAUGGUAGUAAAUCCAAAAUGCUACUUGUGCUGGUCUGCAAAGAUCCCAGGCUGUGAUAGAAAGGCAGUUGUGUUAGCUCUUCCUUUAUUGGAAAAUACCUUCUCCAUGCUGUGCCAGAGAGCUGCUGAGGAUGCUCUUCUGCUGAUCCCAUGUUAGUUAAGGUCCCACUUAACUAACAUGGGACCUUGUCUGGCUGAACCACUGAAGAGGAUAUACAUCGGGGGAGAGGAGCGGGGCAGACCUCGGUAUUUCUAUCCCAUUGCAGGCUUCUGCUAUAGCUAAUCUUAAAUUAUUAUAGAAGUCUCCAGCUCCAGCAGUCAGGCAUCCGUUCAGUAAUAAAUUUAGAAGCUUCAAAGUCUACUAAUGACAUCGAAUGGAGGUACCCCUGCUACAGAUGUAUGAUACUUUGCUACACUAGGGCUGAGAUCCAUUCAGCUAUGUUCCACAUACUGUAGCACUAAUGUAAACUCCUGCCACUACAGUACUGUUCUCAAUGUCUGGUUUAUUCUAAGUCAAGUCAAAAUGUACUCUUUAUUGCCAACUAUUACAGGGUCUAGUAUUUGAAGGCGGUGCUCACAACAGUGUUUUCGUUUGUUACUAGCACGCAGAUACAGAUGGCGUUGAGGCAGCAGAUAUAUGGUGUCAACAGCACUCCCUGCUGGUGCGGGGGGGGGGGUCCGAACUGAUCGAAAAUAAAAAACAUCCUCCUUGCCAGAAUAUAGCUGGCAUCAGUUCCCAAAGGGUUGUCGUUGUCCGUGGCAUCCUGCAUAAAGUGAAUGUACUAAUCACUGGAAAAGGCAUGCUCUGCUUUUUUACAUAGUAAUUUAUGAUUAUGCUUAGGAGUGUAAAUUUGAACAAUUACCUGUUGUAAAAGGAUAUAUUAUCCUGUGUACUACGCUAUAUAUAAAGUAAUCAUGUUCUUCAAUGUUUUAACUGGCCACACCGCCUGUACGAUUGUGCAAAAUGACGCAAUCCAACUUGAGCUUUGUAUUUCAAUGUGAGCUGUUCUGGACACACAGUCGUAUGUAUAAAGUGCAAUUUGUGUAAUAUUUCUUAAAAAAGAAAAAGUAUAUAUGUCUAUGGCUGUACAAACAAGUUUAUGAACAAAUAAUCAUCAGCUUAUUAAAGAGCAAACCUGGAACAAAA